GCACCAGCCGCAGCCCCCGCUUUUCAAAUCCCUUUCAAACACCAACCCAUCGCCGCCUCCUCCGCCCCCGUCCACCCAUGGCCGCCGCCUCGCCCGAGUUCUUCAAGCCGGCGGACGCCUUCUCCCCGCGCCUGCACCUCCUCGCCGCCGGCGCCGGCGCAGAAGCAUCCGACGGCGACGACGGCUACUACCGCUGCUGCCGGACGCCCGCGGGCGCCGGGACCGGCUGCCUGGGCCAGGCGGCCACCUGCCCGCCGGCGCCGCGGAAGCCGCGCGCGCAGCCCGACGCCGCCUGCCGGAAGCGCCUCUUCGGCGUGGAGGUCAUCAGCCUCCGCUUCGACGACCUCGACGCCAUCUUCCGCCCCUCGCCGCCGCCGCCCUGCGACGACCACCACAACAACAACGAGCAGCAGCGGCAGCGGAGCCGCCGCGCGCUCGGCAGGCUCGCCGCCGGCCGGAGCAGCCGCGCCGGCUUGAAUUAAGCGCUUCUCAUUAGCAGUCAGCACCAGUAGUUGAGUUGAGUUGAGACACCUGUGCGGAUGGAUGAUUGAUGUAUCACCCAUCAUCUCCAGGUAAAAACAGUACUGUAGUGGUAGCCACGACCGAUACUUAUUUUUACGCACAACCAUCCUCUGUAAUCACCCGUCAUAAUAAGAUUAUUAUAUUAUAUGUA